AUGGAUUCGAAUGAUACCUAUCGUGGUGUGCAAGACCGCUACGCUGAAGUUGCGAGGCAGACCGACCCUUAUAGCCAAAGUGAUCAUGAACGCAAAGUCGCAAGUGCGUUUGGGUAUGAUCUAGAGGAUCUGCGUUCUAUCCCAGAGAAUGCGAAUCUAGGUGUCAGCUGUGGGAAUCCAUUGGCGACGGCAAACAUAGCUGUGGGCGAGACUGUGAUUGAUUUGGGUAGUGGUGGCGGCAUUGACGUCUUGCUAGCGGCAAAAAAGGUUGGAGCUGAAGGAAAGGCCAUUGGUAUUGAUAUGACCAAGGAAAUGCUGGAACUUUCACGUCGGAACGCAAAGAACGCCGGUGCCAACAAUGCAUCCUUCAUCGAAGCGUUCAUUACUUCCAUACCGUUACCAUCGUCCACCGCUGAUUGUAUCAUCAGUAAUUGCGUGGUAAACCUAGUGCCGGAAAUCGAAAAGCCCCUAGUUUUUCAGGAAAUGUUCCGUCUACUGAAGCCGGGAGGUAGAGUUGCCAUUAGCGACAUCCUGGCAAAGCGAGAGCUUCCGAUGGAGAUCAAGAAGGAUCUCUCCUUAUAUGUUGGCUGUAUAGCCGGUGCUAGCCAGGUCGCCGAUUAUGAAAGAUAUCUGAAAGAAGCGGGGUUCCAAGAUGCAGUGAUUCUGAAUACUAAUGCCGACCUCAAUGUUUAUAAGGAAAUGUGGAAGAGUGAGAGAACCGAUGGGCCACCCCCUACGGGCUCAUGCUGUGAUCCGAUGAACCGCAGUACCAGCAGGCAGUUAUACAAUCUGCCGGAUAUGGAUUUCAACAUUUGGACUGGUGAGUGGAUCUACAAAGAAGCAUAG